AUGGACAGUGAGAAUCCCCCUAUGGAGGAGCAGGUGCGGAGUAUUGGCUCCAAAUUCGAAUUCGAGAUAGGGGCAGAGAUGGUGCUGCGUCCGGCUUAUUUAAACACAUUGGACAAAUCAACAGUAGAAUCAGUAUCUUCCAGAUUGGAGGUUCAUGACAAUGAGGAGAUCGACAGAGGCAAAUCAGAAGAACAAUUAACCCUGGAGAAGGAGGAGAUGGUGGCUGAGGAAGAGGAUUUUACGUGUUACAGAAGUGACUGGGAAUCUUCAUGGGGAUCAGACGGUUGCGGUUUCUUCGAAGACAUGACGCAAGUGAGUUCCAUGCACUUCACACACUUGACACCUAAACGCAAUCGCUUGGAGAAUGGUAUCAUGGAUACCACCUUGCAGAUUUUCUCCAUCAAACUCACAGAAAUUAAAGGUGGCUUCAGAUGGCCAUUGUCUGUAUAUGGUGUGGUUGCUGCCCGGGAUGCUGUUGAUCACAAUCGCAACCUUCUCUUCUGCCUCAGUAGGAGGAUGAGUCAAAAAAUCAAGCAAGGCGAUCCUUUUUUGCGCUUGAUUGGUCCGUCUCGUGCAAUUGUGUUCAAAGAUCCUGUUGACUUUGAAAUUCAACUGAAAGUUCAAUUUGGAGCACUGUCGCAAGAUAGAGCAUUGAUCAGUGGGACGUACCAUUAUGCCGGACGUGGCCUUGGUGCAAAAAUAAUUUGCUUUGAGAACUGCUUCUGCAAAAUCGAGUUAUGCUUAGAGCGAGUUGUAGAGACGGUCCAGGCCACUGUCUGCAGUGUACGUAUUCUCAAACAGGGGUCUCAAGUUUUUAAAUAUGGAUGUCGACUGGCUUGCUCAAUGACAUCAUGUUCAUGUAAGCUCAUUGAUGGUAAAGUCACUUAUACUACUAAUGCCCCAUCUGGUGAAGUUGUGCUGCUUAAUUCUCAUUCUCCACCAAUGUCUGAGGGUUCAGAUGGUUAUAUUGAUCUGGACCGGCGUGUUGUUUCUGUACAACUUGAUGGAAGCCUGGAAGUUGUCAUACAAGCCUACUCAGCAUCCGGUGAUAUCGCUGCACAAGGUCAUGUCUCCUUCGCACCCAAAUCGUGCAGCGUAAGUCAGGAUAAUCUUUUUGUUGGCGAUGCUCAGGUGGAGAUUACGGUUGCUUGGUCACUUCUUGUCGAGAACAAGCGUGAUAUUGCUGGACAAGGGUGGGUGUUUGAAACUUCCCAUCUUGAACACUGAUGUGGUUCUUUGGCGAUGAGGGCUGGACAAAGGCCAACCAAACAUUUGAUGUGUCCAUUUGGCUUGUUUAAUUAUCUCUUGUUUUCUUAGUUAUCAAUGUAAGAUGUUCAACUAUUCGUGCAGUUGUCUGAUUUUGUUCUGGUAUCGACUGUAACUUUGAAGUUAUGUUGUGUGAUUUGUGUAUCAGCUAUAUCUUAUACUAUCUGUCUAAUUUCUGUUAUCGACUCUUAACUUUGAAGUUACUUUAUAUUGAAUAAUUUGUAGCCUA